AUGCAAUACUAUUCUUGGGCUGGUGAUGAAGAAGCCUUACCUUGUGAAAAGUGUGAUAACUGUUUACAUCGUCAAAGUCAUUGUCCUAUAAUUCAAGAUGCACGCCAAGAUGCUUUGUACAUGUUGCGAGUGAUUGAUGCAGUUACAAAUUAUAUGAAAAACAAUAACGAGAACACAACCCGUGAUGAUAUUGUUCAAGUUUUUUGCAGGUCAAAAAACGCGUCAGUUAUAAAAAAAAAUUUAAACCAUUUAGAUAUUUAUAAAGAAAAUUAUAACCGUAUUCUUAAAAGACAAGAAGAAGUUGCAUACUUGCUUGAAGAUCUUGUAAUUCGUGACUUGGUCGAAGUCAAAUUCAAGCUUAGUAAGCCAACUCCUACUUCCCAAAUAACCUGUAAUCUUAUUUACAUAGGUGUAACUGAAAAUGCUGUUGAAAGGGCAAGUAUAGGAAGUUGGAUUUAUAGUGUUAGAAGUCGUCAAAAAUAA